CCACCGUCCUCCUCCUUUUCCUUGUUGGUCUGGACUCUGCUCUGGGAUCAGUGGUGAACAGACAGUACCAGAUAAUACAAAGUCACAUGACCUGGGCGGACGCUCAAACACACUGCAGGAGUUCCGGCUUCGUUGACCUGGCCACCGUCUACAGCCAAACUGAUGUCAACAAUAUGGACCUGAUGCAUUUUUACGCCUGGACGGGCCUGUAUCGGACUAUCCCAAAUUCCACCUGGCUCUAUCUUUCUGAACAUUCGUCAUCUAAUUUCAAAACCUGGGCACCUGGAGAACCACGGGAACACGAUCUGUGUAGUGUGGCACAUUACCCCAACAAGCUAGCUUAUGGAACCAGCUGUGACAGUCCUCACUUUGCCUAUUGUGACCACUAUGUUCGCGAUGAUGAUGAUGACGAGUACCACAACAGACUGGCAUUUUUAUCAUGGACCAUGACGUGGUCUGAAGCUACGAAAUACUGCACAUCUCGUUAUCGGACCACUGUGGCCACGAUGCACUCCACCUCUACCCGGAAGGAAAACUUUCCAGUGUGGAUUGGACUGUACCGAGAAGGGGAAACAUGGAGCUGGAGCACCGGAGAAACAGACUAUAAACACUGGGAUCGUAACCAGCCCGGCACCGGCGACUGCGUCACCAUCAGCUCUAACACAAAGAAAAUGAGCACCCAAGACUGCUCAUCCCUGUAUCCUUUCACCUGCUUCAGGGACAACCUGAUCCUGGUGAAGGAGAACAAGACCUGGGAGGAGGCGCUGGAGCACUGUCGCUCCAUCUGGACGCACCCACACAACUCUGACAUCCACUACAGGUUGGUCAGUGUCCAGCCUGGAGAAGACCACGCCUACAUGAGGUUCAGGGUCAGAGAGGCAACAACAGAGAAGGUGUGGGUGGGUCUGCGUUUCCUGGUGGAUCAGUGGCGGUGGGUGAACGGAGUGCACAUGUUGUUCUCAGACCUUCCUGAGUGUCCCGUUGAGCAGCAGAGGUGUGGAGCUUUGUCCACAAACUCCAACAGCAGCACUCUGGAGCCCAUGGACUGUCUGGAGACAAACAACUUCCUGUGUUACAUUUAGAUCUGCAGCUGUUUCACAGAGUCUGUGCACUGUUUGUUUGCAUUUCUGGGGUGUAGAACUUCACUGUAGAAAAGUCAUGACUUUAACAGAAGACACUGUCACCGUUAGGGAUAGGAAUCAAGAACAGGUUCUUUUUGAGAACCGGUUCCCAGUAGCUCGAUUCCUUGGAAUUGUUUGCCUGCCUGCUUAACAGUUCUGCAUAUCGAUUCUGCCUUUGUUGCGCAUGUGCGAUGGCGUCACUUGCACACUGCAUUGUUUUGGUCAGAACGUCCAACAUGGUGUUAAGAAUGAAACGCUCCAAACAGACGACACCAGGUCUAGACAACACCAGGUCCAAACAGACGACACCAGGUCUAAACUGACGACACCAGGUCUAAACAGACAACACCAGGUCCAUCUGGAACACUAUCAAAGCUCCCAUUUCUUCAAAAGGGUGAAAUCCCUCCAAUCUGCUCAAACAUUCGUCCACAGCAUGUGAUUCAUUUACAGAAUCAGAAUCAGAAUUGCCUAUAUUGUCAUUUGACAGCACUGUACAAUGUACAGUACAUAAAAUGAAAUUGAGUUUGAUGUUAGGGACAUCAGGCCGCUGCAACCUAGUCAUGCUGCCACAGAACCCUUUCUUUGAAACUUGCAGUGAAGAACAGAGAGGAUAAUGUAAGCACAUACAUAAGACAUCAUACAGUAUACACACAUUACACGUGGUCACAUGAUGGAACUUUUUCAGGGGAUUUGGUAGGUUUUGGGGGACAGGGUGAAAACACAGAGUUCGAG